AUGUCUUCCCCUUUAUUCUCCAGUCUGCCAACAAUUUCCCAAUACGGCAAGUGUACCCUUAUGGAGCAAGUUUUUGAAGAACUUGAAGAAGCAUUGGCUAGUUCUAUUAGAGAUAGUGAACGGUUAUCGGUAUUGUACGAACAAGUCACAAGUAGUAACAAAGAAACAAGAUCAGGAAAGCUUCCCUCUGAUGAAGAUACAGUGCAUCUCGUCUGCCUCUUUAGUAAGUUGCAAUACGUCAAUAAUUUGCUCUCUAUUCGCCUCGAUCGCCUCCGGUGUCGCUUCACUUCCCCUGAGCAAUAUAAUCACGAUAACGAGGAAGACUGUAGGUUGUGUGACGAUAUUCCCAAAGACGUGCUGGAGAAUAAUAGUUUUAUCUUGGAAACUCAGAGAAUGCUAACCAAGCACGAGAAAGCUCUUACAAAAUUGCAACAUUUCCUAUGGAAAACGUACAUUUCCGAUGCUCUCCCAAACACAACUUCUCGGGAACAUGUGGAAUCCACGUCCUCUAAUCCUUCAGCUCCGAUUUUGAAGUUGUGUAGUCGAAAUGGCAAAUGGGUCAAGACUUUAAACAACUUAGAUCUUGAGCACUCAAAGUCUGGAAAACUUUCCAGUUACGGCGUGCUAAUGAAAGAGUAUGAAAAGCAAUGUGAUAAUAUCUUGUUGCUAGAAAGGGAGCGUAAUCUAUUGCUACUUGAAACCAGUCAACUUGAGGAGGAAAACACCACACUCAGACUGAAGAAUGACGAGCUAAAUGGGGUAAUUCAGUCGCUCAGAGACAUAAAUUGA